CACAUUGUUGCUGGGACUGACAGAAGCUGGCGGACACUCAGGGCUUUGCUUCCCAUUGGUGGGAAUGGGUGUUGCCCUGGAAGCACGUGUAAACAUUCUGUCUGGCGGGCGUGGGGCGGAGCGGCCCGGAGUCUGAGGCCUCCCUGGUUCCCUGGCCCGUACUGUUCCAAACAAGGAUCCGCUCACUCAGGCAAAAGAAAAUGGAUGGGACUGAAGAUUUCAAAAUCCAGAAGAUGGAUGUGGAUCAAAGUCCUACAAGCCAGGAGACAGACACAGAAGACACCGGCAAUCUGAAUGAACUAGCAUUAGCGUUAGUGAAGAGUGCCGUCAAUGCCGCUGUUAAGACUGUGGCAGAAGAAGAAAAGCCCAUCAAAAAUAUCAAAUGGAUCACACACGGUGAAUUCACAGCAGAAAGGGGCCAUAAGCAAAUUGAGGAGUUCAUUCUGACUUGGGAGUAUCAAAACUGCUGGGUGCACUACACAGAGUUUAUACAGAGGGAAGACUUGGUUCACAGCUACCACUAUAUCUACUGUGUGCGCUGGAGCAUCCCAACUGCUAAGAGACCCAUGCCACAAGUCACUGCCUCUGUCUACUUCACCAUCAAGAUCACCAAAAACAAACCUCCAGAUAUGCCCAUUGAGGUCUUUUAUAUCUUUGAGGGCCUUUCGUUUGUUCACAGACCAGGAAUGACUCGCUUUCAAGAAAAAUGGCUGAGGGAUAUUAUUGAGGCCAAAAGUAUUUUAAUGGAGUCAAUUCCCUUCUAAUUCUUACAGAAUGUUUUAGGAUUGGAUUUCUAAUCAGAAUGUGUUAAAG